GAGAAGAGCUGUGUAAUAAAUUGUAACAAUGUCUACUGUGUGGUUCUUGUGUUGGCAGCGCGGGCAUCGGGCGGACGGGGACCAUCAUCGUCAUCGACAUUCUCAUCGACGUCAUCAAUCGCCAAGGCCUGGACUGUGACAUAGACAUCCCGAAGAGCAUCCAGCGCGUGCGGCAGCAGCGGUCGGGCAUGGUGCAGACGGAGGCCCAGUACAAGUUCAUCUACAUGGCCGUCCAGCAGUACAUCGACACUGCCCAGAAGAGGCUGGAGCAGGAACAGAAGAACAAGACCCUGGAGAGCGAGUACUCCAACAUCCAGUACCCCCCGAUGACCAACUCCAGGUCCAAGAUCAGCAUGAACGCCUCGCGCUCCUCCUCUGUGUUGACGAACGACGACUCGUCCAGCAUCUACGAGAACAUCUCCAUCAAGGGCCCCAAAGCCGCCAGCAGCGGCCCCGCCAGAAGUUUCAGCUGAGCAGCACCUCCACCUGCAGCUCCUGGGAAUGGAGGGAGGAAGGUGGUGCUGGGUGGAGCGAGACGGAGGCUGUGGUGAGUGUGUGUGUGUGUGUGUGUGUGGGGGGGGGGGGUUUGGACGUUCUGGUGGAUGCCCCCUCCACCACCACCACCACCACCACCACCACCACCACCACCACCACCACCACCACCACCACUACCACCACCCGUCCACCCACCCCUCCACCCACCGACCAAGGGAGGCCAGGGAGCUCCGCAGCUGCCAUGACCUUUUUGAAGUGCCUUGUCAACGGACAGAUCGGCGACCCUCGAAACAUCCUCUAUCCCCAACACACACUCAGUCGGUGAAAGAGCCCCGCCCCCUUCCUCAGGCAGAUGUUCCUCGCGGCGCCCGGACAAAGGGAUGGAUUGUACUCCGGUCUCUAGAUGUCUACAUGUCUACUCUACAAGAUGUUUCUACCCCCCUCGUCUCGUUCUCGCCCCUCCUCUCUCCACUCCCUCUCUCCCUCCCCUCUCCUCUCUCUCCUCUCCCUCUCUCCCUCUCUCCACUCCCUCUCCUCUCUCUCCACUCCCUCUCCUCUCUCUCCUCUCCCUCUCCUCUCUCUCCUUCUAUCCCUCUGUCCACUUCCCUCUCCUUCUUCCCUCUCCGUCUCUCCUCUCCCUCUCUCCUUCCCUCCCUCUUCCUCUUUCCUCUUACCUCUCCCUCUCUCCUUCCCCACUCCCUAUCUCCAUCUCUGCUCCCUUUCUCCCUCUCUCCACUCCCUCUCUCAUCUCUCUCCUUCCCCUCUCCUUCUCUCCUUCUUUGCCUCUCCUCUCCCCCUCUCCUUCUCUCCCUCUCUUUAUCUUCCUCAGUUUUUUUUCAUUCUCUCGACUUUGACCUUUCUUUUGUUGCCUCCAGCUGGGACAAUGUGAAUGACAAGCUGUUGACAGCAUAGUGCACUAUGCAACGCACUAUGCUAGGCUAGGCUAGGCAUCGCCCGGUCCCUAGUUCUGUGAGGCCAAACGACCACUCCUCCAUUCAGUUGUCUUGGUGUUUGGUUUAGGGUGCUUUGCGUGCGAUGGACAUCCGUGAGAAGGAUGGCUGGGGGGUUGGAUUCCUGUGCCAAUGCAGUUGUGCACAACAGUUGAUAGUUUUCCCGCUACUGCGUCAAUGGACAUACAUUCAGGGGUUCUCCCACCGAACUCAAAGCACAAGCUUGUCUAUGAAUUCAUCAGUUUUUCUCUUUGUUUCGCUCCCCUUGUUUCCACUCCCUGCUGUGAUUUACUUUGCUCUUGAACAUCAGGAAUCGCCUGUACCGUAGUCAUUGGAAUAGCAGAAGACUUUCUAGCCUGCGGAGGAUGGGAACGUAUUUAUUAUUAUCCCAGCGCUGUGGACACUUUCCAGCACACCGCUGGACUCGUGGAGGAAAAGGCGGGAAAAUGGACAUUUGAAAGAGGACCACGUGAGGACCACAUGACCUCACGCUCAGUCAGGGUUAGACAUCUGUCGCCGUGGUGACCACAAGCAGACUACAUCAUCAUCAUCAACUUCAUCCUCGUCAUUAUCAUCAUCUUUUUCAUCAUCAUCCCCUUUGUCAUGGCCAAAGAGGGGAGAGUCUUUAAGCGGACCACACAGGACAGAUGGCUGCGUCCGUUCCGGAUUAAAAGAAUGGAUUUUCUUCUGAAAAGUAAUUUACAAGACGCCAGUAAUCCGUGCCUACCGAUGACGGGCGGGCCAAAUCCGGAAUGUGAUUGUUUCGUCCCGCAAACAAACUCACGACAGACUAUAGACUAUUUUUAGCAUCUGGAAUGCAACGUAAACGGACGUCAAAACCAGCGCUUUGACGUUGUUGAACAAGGUUCUGAAAAGGUCACAAAAUGGCGUUGUUUUUUUUUUAGGAGGUGGGAGAACAUGGCACACUUGAGUCUUGUCAGGACACACUGCCCUGACAGGACACAGUGUCCUGUUAAGACACUUUGUCUUGUCUCACUCUUUUAUGGGUCUCACUCUUUUAUGCUUUAGCCUCAAUUCAUGCGAUGGUUUUUCCUCUUGCUGAAGCUCAAUCAGGAAAUGUAUAGAGGCCGCCGUUUCAGCUGCUCCGUCUGCUACGGCCGGAGGGCACUUGUCAGACGGCCGUUCAGGGUUGUCGUAGCAGGAAUGGGUGAGCUGAUGUGUGAUGUCACAGAUGUGUUAUGCUCCUGUCGUCAGAGUGAAUCUUGUAAUGGAAAGAUUGUGUUUGUGAGGAUCAAAAAAAACCUUUAUCACUGGAACUUGGGCACUUUUUUAUGGAUUGCUUUGCUCAAAUUAAAUGUUGAUGUGUACAGUGUUUGUUAACCCCCCCCCCCCAUCCAACGUCCCCCCCCCCCCCCCCCCCCCCCCACACACACACACACACAUACACACACACACACACACACACACACACACACACACACACACACACACACACACACACACACACACACACACACACACACACACACACACUUGAACCGUCCUUCCAUGGUCUGAAUAAUCCUCUCAAUAAGGUCUCACUUGCUGCGGGUGUCGCCAGGAAUGUUUUUGUAUUUCGUCUUUCACUCUGCAUAUGUGGGUCAAAAACACGUUAUGUUGGAGACGUUGAAACAUUGACAGAUAUAUUUGGUUAAACAUUGAUGUUGUAAAACAUUAAUGUGGUUAAACAUUGACACUUUGAUACUUGAAGAAUCGGUCUGAAACUGCUGUAGCUCUCGCACGAGGCUUGCCUUCUGGGUAAGACCCGAGGGCUGCUUUGGAUGUGCACUAAAGAUAUAUAUAUCUAUAUAUAUAUAUAGGUAUAGAUAUAUACCACCAGUGUUGUAUUUCUCUUCUCGUAUUUUAAAUUUUUACUUUUGUUAAUUGUUUUAUCCAUUCAUGCGUUUUCUAUGAUGUGAGCCAUUAUUGUUCUUUUCUGACUUUGUGAAGUUAAACCAGUGAACCUGGGGGUCAACUUUAACAAUCUCACUCGUUCUUAAAUUUACUUGAAUAUGAUAUUUUAUCUUUUUUGUAUCGUUAAUAUUAUAAUUAUGGUUGUUAUUAUUUAGUCGUUAAUCUAAUUAGUUGCGAUGGGUCUUAUUCAGCUAGCUGCCAUCUUGGCUCUAAACGCUAGCCAAUGGGCGUUCACGUUCAAGAUGGAACCAAGAUGGCUGCCAGGUGAAUGAGGCCCACAAUGUGAGCGGUUGAGAGGUUGUGUUCGGGGGGGUAGUAGCUUCCACUCCUAGCCCGGUCCUGGCGCCCUCCUUCCGGCACCAAAGCCUUCUUCUUCGUACGGGCAACGAAUGCUGAUGUGAUGAUGACGAUAAAUGAAAAAUAAAUCUUUAAGGCAA